AUGGAUAAUUCAGCUACUUCAUGGUUCUCUGAUCUGGGAAUGGAGGAUCCAUUUCUGAGUGACCAAUGCGACAUUAUGGACUUCUUUGAUGAAGACAUCUGUGCUGCACUUGGAAACGACUUUCAGGGUUCUCUGCCUUCAGAAAGCAACUCCCCCACUUGCAUUUCCCACCUGAUUCCAAGAAGCAGUUCCACUACGGCUUUAUGUAAUGCAUCAUCUUCAGCUGUGGAAGUUCCUCAGCCAGCUGCCAACUUGUGUACAUCUUCAGCCAUUGAAAUUCCUCCAGGUGAAGUUGAAAGACCAGCCAGACAGCUCAAGCGCAACCGCUCCACUCCGGUAAUCCUCACUUUUGGCAACCCUAGUCCGACAGAAACAGUGAAUCCUCGACAAGUUAGUCUAGGAGGCUUGAACCCUGAGGAUGAUGCGGUUUCUGAGGUUUUGACAUCCCGUGUUUCGUUUCCAAAUCUUGAGGAGGCUACUAAAAGUGCCCCGGCACCUAAGAAAGGUCGUACCAGGCCAGCAUCACAAACAUAUGACCAUAUUAUAGCUGAAAGAAAGCGAAGGGAGCAGCUCAGCCAACGAUUUGUCGCUCUUUCAGCCAUCGUUCCCGGCCUCAAGAAGAUGGAUAAAACCUCAGUCCUUGGAGAUGCCAUCACAUACUUAAAACAUCUCAAGGAAAGAGUCAAGACACUAGAGGAGCAAGCCACAAAGCAGAAAAUGCAAUCGGUGGUGCUUGUGAAGAAAUCCCAACUCGUAGUUGAAGACGAGGGAUCUUCGGAUGAGCAACGUCCACUACCUGAAAUUGAGGCUAAACUUUGUGAUAAGAAGGUUCUUCUAAGAGUCCAUUGUGAAAAUCAUAGAGGAGUGCUACUUAAAGUGCUUUCUGAAAUUGAAAAGCUCAAUCUUGCUGUUUCUAACGCGAGUGUGGCACCAUUUGGAAGUCUGGCUCUUGACAUUACAAUCAUUGCUGGGAUGGAUAAAGAAUUCAGCCUGACCUUGAAAGAAUUGGUUCAAGGUCUUCGAUCCGCUCUUCAGCGUGCAGCACGGGAUUCUUGAAUUCUUGUCAGCUACCUAAUGGAAAAUAUGUACCUAUAUGGGCCGUCUUGUUCUUUUUCUUCUGAUUGAUGACUUACAAAGUCUUGUAUUUUGUCAUGUGACUACUGAAUGUUUAUUAUGCUCCAUUGGUAUUUAUUUACUCCCUCCGUCCCACUUUGAUAGUCCUGUUUUCCUUUUUCGUCUGUCCCAAAUUGUAGUUCACUUUCCAAUUGAAAAAUGUAGUUGUAUUUUAAUUUUCCUAAAAUGCCCUUAUUCAAUAUAAGUUGUUGUUACUAUAAACCUAC